AUGGUUUCGUAUAUUGCACCUACAUCCUCGAAAACCAAUUGGACAGCACUUAGUCAAAGUGCUUUUCAAAUGGAUCAAUGUAACAGUACCUCAAAUAUAGUUUAUCAACGGACAAAGUCUGCAAAACCGUUUAAAACCGCACCAGAAAUAAAACAAAGAGCUUGUCAUCAUACGAUAUUUGUACAUGAUUUAAAAGGUAAUGAUAUGUUUGAUGGAACAUUCGAACGACCAAUGAAAACUAUCCAAGCUGCCUUAUUUCUUACACGUAUUCUACGUGCUCAACAUGGUAGUGAUCAGACAUUGUGCAUGACUAUACGCGGAGGAACUUACUAUUUAGGUACAAAUGCUACUACAAUAAGUAGUCAAAUUGGUGCAAUUGCAUUAACAACUAAUGACAGUAAUCUUGUGAUUGAAAACUAUCAGGAUGAACGCGUCAUAUUGAGUGGUGGGACAUUACUAAAAUUGCAAUGGUCUGUCCAUGCCAAAACAGCAGCUGGCGGUACAAUUAUGAAAGCUCAGGUGCCACCUUCUGUCAAUCUUGAUCUGUUCAACGAGUUAUAUAUUGAUGAUAAAAGAGCCAUUGUUGCUAAAUAUCCGAAUGGUGAUCCUUCCACUCAAGGUUUAUACGCAAAAGAUCCCGGUUUUUCUUUCGAUUCACAAAGCUGGAUACCACCAGUUUUUAAUCAAAGUGUAGAAAUUCAUGUACAAGAUCCUUCUCGAACUGGUACAGUGUUUCCUUAUUUCCAACUUGGUUUAGGUGGUGGUGCUUCUGUUUUCAAUCCACCUAGAAAUUUUUGGAGUACGGCAUCACCACCUGCUGGUAACAACUAUGUUGUUCCUCGAGGUUUUACUGUAAAAAAUGAUGCACUGCCUCAUAUCGGUAACUGGAGUAAACCAACAACUGGUUUUGUGCAUGCUUUUCAUUCUGGUUAUUGGGGUAGUUGGGUGUUUGAAAUAGCAUCGAUUAAUAGCACAGAAAAUACAAUCAUGUUUGGUCGAGGAGGUUUCCAAGAGGCACGUGGUUCGAAUAAUGGUGGUGCAUUUUACGUUGCAAACAUUUUCGAAGAACUCGAUUCGCCAAAUGAAUGGUUUUUAGACAAAGAUACUCGUACUCUCUAUUUUAUGCCAAAUGAAACAAUGCCACAAGAUUUUGUUGCUAGUCAAAUUCCGUGUUUAAUUUCUAUUAGCGGUAGUAGCGACGAAAAUUCUGUCCAUAAUGUGCUGAUCCAAGGCUUGACACUAACACAGACGAGUAGUACAUAUAUGAGAGAUUAUAUGGUACCAAGUGGUGGUGAUUGGGCUGUUCACCGAGGUGGUACUAUGUAUUUGACAAAUACAAGAAAUAUUACUAUUACACGUAAUCUAUUCACACAGUUGGGUAGUAAUGGUAUGGCUUUGAUCGAUUACAAUGAUGCUACCUCCAUUACUUUGAAUGAAUUCGUAUGGUUAGCCGAUUCAGGGAUCAUUCUUGUUGGCAACACGAAUGGAAUUGAUGGCUUUAGUGUAGCAAGCCAGCCUGUCAAUACACUCAUACAAUCAAAUCUUAUUCAUGAAACCGGUAUCUAUAUCAAACAAUCAUCACCUGUACUUAUUUCUGUGAGUCGAAGUGUGUCUGUUAUUGGCAAUCUCAUGUUCAAUAUGCCACGGGCGGCCAUCAAUAUAAAUGAUGGUUUCUAUGGUAAUCAUACAUUCAGUUGGAAUGUGCUUUUCAAUACUGUUCGAGAAACUAGUGAUCAUGGACCUAUUAAUUCAUGGGAUCGACAACCAUUUUUAACUGAUGCUGUACAAUCAGGUUUACCUUCACUUUGGCAACAUAAAAGUUAUAUUCAUCAUAAUACUCUAUUCAAUAAUUACCGCUCUGUAUGGCCCAUUGAUCAUGACGAUGGUAGUUGUUUCUAUGAGGAUAGCUAUAAUUUUCAAGUGUAUGGUGGAAAAAAAAAUUAUUUAGGUCAUUCAAAAACAGAUCAUCAUGAAAUUUAUGUGUAUUCCGAUGCAAAUCAAGGCGGUUUCGGAAGUGACUCAUGUCUUGGUGAUUAUGCACCUUCACGAGGUUCUAGUGGUUGGAAUGAAACUUGGAUCAACAACACCUGUAUACUCUACAACAGUUCGAUACCGUACAAUAUUGACCGUUGUGAUACAGCCGAUCUAUUCGUACCUUAUUUGGCAUCUAACAAAAUUUAUAUUCCAUCUGAGACACAAGUCGCAUUUAUAUGCAACGUCAAUGGUAGCAGCGCGCGACUCAGCCUGGAUCAAUGGAACUCGUAUGGUUUGGAUCUUGGCACUAGUGUUCAAACUACGCCCGACAUUGAAACAAUCAUUGAAUGGGGUCGUGAAAUGUUACAACACACAGAAUAA